AUGGCGCCCGUUCCUCCCGCCGUUCUGCGCGCCCUCGGCAUCCCAGACCCAUCCAAGGCCACCUUGUCGACCGCCGCCCUCGGGUCCGGCUUCACCAACACAGGCGCCAUCCGCGCGACCGUCCCCUCAGCCGACGGCCAACGCGAAGAAGAACGCCGCUUCUUCUUCAAAACCUCCGCCGACGGCGCCGCCGCCGAAGAGAUGUUCCGCGGCGAGUACGAGUCCCUCAACGCGAUCGCCAACUGCGUGCCGGGGUUCUGUCCGCGGGCGCUGGCCUGGGGCCCGCUCGACGACGCCCACGCCCCCAGCAACAACAACCAGUGCAGCCGGGGCUUUUUCCUAGCGACAGAGUACCUCGAUCUCGGCAGGGGCACCCGAUCCGGCGCGUCGCUAGCGCAACGGCUGGGAAAACUGCACAGCACGCCGGCGCCCGUCGACCCGGCCACCGGCCGUCAACGGUUCGGAUUCCCCGUCGCGACAUUCUGCGGCGACACGAAACAGCCAAACCGGUUCUGUGACUCGUGGGCAGACUUCUACGCCAACGAGCGGCUGCUGAUGAUUCUCGAGGCGUCGGAGCGCCGCAACGGGCGGGACGCGGGGCUGCGCGAGAUGGUGGAGCGCACGGCGCGGACGGUUGUGCCGGCGUUGCUGCGCGAUGGUCAUCUCGGGUAUGACCGCGAUGGGAGUGGCGAGGGCGUCACGCCGGUUGUGGUGCAUGGGGAUUUGUGGAGCGGCAAUGCGGACCGCGGACGGAUUGUUGGGAGCGGUCGCGGCGAGGACGAGGAGACGGGGGACGUCGUGUAUGAUCCGUCGGCGUGCUACGCGCAUAGUGAGUAUGAGCUGGGGAUUAUGAGGAUGUUUGGCGGGUUUGGGUCGACGUUCUUCUCGGCGUAUCAUGCGAUCGUGCCCAAGACGGAGCCGGUUGAGGAGUACGAUGAUCGGGUGCGGUUGUAUGAAUUAUACCACCAUCUCAACCAUCAUGCCAUUUUUGGCGCGGGAUAUCGAUCUGGCGCGGUCUCCAUCAUGCAGAAAUUGCUCAAGAAAUAUGGACAAGAAUGA